GCAGUUCUGAAACAAUUUCGAAUCAAACAAAUCACAAAUUUUGUCCUUCCAUUGGCUCGUGGAGCUUCCACAGCCCCACAACCAAAUCCAGUUUCCGACUAUCUUAAGAAAGCUGAAAAUGUUGCCUCAAAAUAUUCCCAGCAUGUGGAUGAAGCUGUUGACCGUUGGGCCAAGUGUGAUGAAAUUUAUUACGGCAAGGAGCGUGACAUGAUAAAUUUCCCGACGGUGAAAUAUCCACUUACUCAUCCCAAAGUUCGCCUUGGUUUUUUGCCGGACUCGUGGUUCCAGGCACUUUACCCCAAAACUGGCGUAACAGGACCGUACUUGUUCUUAUUCGGUUCGACCAUGUUUCUUCUGAGCAAGGAGAUUUGGGUAGUUGACCCGCAUUUCGUUGAACUUGGCGUUUUUGUGACCGUAAUGACUUGGCUUAUAAAGAGAUUUGGACCAAUGGUCAGUAAACGAUUGGACGCUGAUGUAGAGGUUUCUAGGUCAACGGCAGUCAACGAUCUAAUCAAAGCAAAAGAAGAAAAUGUGGAUUUACAGCUAGAAGCAGCCUAUCGUGAGCGUCUUCAGCAAGUGCAUCGUGCGGUGCACCGCCGUUUGGUAAGUUGCACCCAAAGUUGUCCCAUUGCGAAACAUUCUCGCCUACAUAUUGCAAUACGUAGUUGCUAA